CCUCUGUCUGUCUGUUUCACUCUCUCUCUCUCUCUCUUUAAAGUCUUUGCUUUCUCUCUCCUAGGGUUUUCCAGCCCUCUCUCUCUCUCUCUCUCUCUCCUCUCCGAUGGCGCAGGUUGAGGUCCUGAACGGCGGAGCGGCCGAGAAGGCCGUCGUCGCGUUCACGGCGGUGAAGCCGCAGCUGGUGGUGGAGGCCCCCAAGGCCGGCGACGCCAUCGAGUUCUACAAGUCCGCGUUCGGCGCCGAGGAGCUCGGCCGCACCCUCCACCCCAAGCGCAAGGCCGACCAGGAACUCCCCCUCGUCCUCUCCGCUCAGCUCGAGCUCGCCGGCACCACCAUCCUCGUCUCGGACUGUACGGACGAGUCUGCUGCUCCUGUGAAGACCGCCGGCACCGGAUGCAUGCUCUGCCUGGAGACCGAGGACGUGGAAGCCGCCGUCGCGAAGGCCGUGGCCGCCGGAGCCACGGCGGAAGGCGAGCUGGUCGAAGGCGACGGCGCGUGCUGCGGCGGUCGCGUCGGCAAGGUCAAGGACCCGUACGGCUUCACCUGGCUCAUCUGCUCCCCAGCCAAAAAGUGCGCCGAGGCGGAAUGAAGAAGAGGCAAGGCGUCGUAUUAGCGAAGUUUUGUCGUUUAACGGCUUGGGAAGGAGGAACUCGUGCAGGACUUUUUAAUUCUUUUCAGUUUUAUGCGUAGCCGUCUCCGUUAUAUGGUUGUUGCUUUUCCGUCUCUAACCGUCUCGUCUUUGGGGGGCGUGGGACCCUCCUUUUUUAAAAAAAUUUCUAGAACCAAGAGCUUCUUUCUCUGGCCUGGUAGGGAAUUGGGGGAUUGGGUGUCGUCAUGAAUAGGGCAAUGAACAUGUUGAUACGGCCAUGAUGGUAUUUUACCCGUUGCUCAUUUUGAAA